AUGCCCGCCACAACAGCAGAGACGUUGUCACUGGUGACGCGGAACGUGUCCGUCGCCCCGCUCGUGCUCCUCUCUGCCGCAGACCACUACGGACGCACCGCCAAGGGUACCAAGAAGCGUGUCGUCGGUGUGCUCCUGGGACAGAAUGACGGCAAGAAUGUCCGGGUAUCAAACAGCUUCGCCGUGCCCUUUGAGGAAGACGAGAAGGACCCGUCGGUAUGGUUCCUUGACCACAACUAUGUCGAGUCGAUGAACGACAUGUUCAAGAAGGUCAACGCGCGCGAGAAGCUUAUCGGCUGGUACCACUCGGGCCCCAAGCUGCGCGCAUCGGAUCUGGAGAUCAACGAGCUGUUCAAGAGAUACACACCCAACCCGUUGCUCGUUAUCAUCGACGUGCAGCCCAAGGAGGUCGGCGUGCCGACGGACGCAUACUUCGCCGUGGAGGAGAUCAAGGAUGACGGUACCACCACGACCAAGACGUUCGUGCACACGCCCAGCAUAAUCGAGGCCGAGGAAGCAGAGGAGAUCGGCGUGGAGCACCUGCUGCGCGACAUCCGCGACGUGGCGGUGGGCACGCUGUCGACGCGCAUAACGUCGCAGCUGCAAUCGCUGCAAGGGCUGCACCUGCGCUUACGAGACAUCGGCACCUACCUGCAGAAGGUGCUGGACGGCGACCUGCCCGUCAACCACGCCAUCCUCGGCAACUUGCAGGAUGUCUUCAACCUGCUGCCCAACCUCACGACGCCCAAGCCCGUCCCCGCCGCCGCCGCCGGUGUCGAUGGUGCCGUCGUCCCGGCCGUCGGCGACAGCGACCUUGCCCGCGCCAUGAGCGUCAAGACCAAUGACCAGCUCAUGACCAUCUACCUCAGCAGCUUGAUCCGCGCUAUCACCGCUUUCCACGACCUCAUCGAGAACAAGAUCCAGAACAAGCAGCAGCAGGAGGAUAAGGAGAACGGUACCUCCACGGCCAAGAAGGAGGGUGCUGAGAAGCAGGCCAAUGGCACCACCGCGGCAAACGGAGAAAAUAAGGAGGCGAAGGCAGGCGAUAAGGGAAAGGAUAAGGCGCCGGAAAAAAAGAAAUAA